UUUGCUCCAACCCCAGUCGUAGAUAACAAAGAAAAAUGGGAGGGUUAAUAAAAAUUAGUGAAAAAAAAAAAUUUUUCCUCAGUAUGUGACACAAUCUCUGAUUACCCAAUCCCAAUCAAAUCCACUGGACAUUCCCCCCCCCCUCUCCUCUCAAAAAAAGUACCUCAAGCCCAUCGAGCCAUAUCGGAUACGGUAUAAUUCACUUUUCUGGUACCAAUAUAUCCGAUCACUGCGGUCACCACAAAACACGAGUCGUCAGCAAAAAUUUCAAAAAUUUGCGGACCAGUCUCCAACAAUUGCCUUAUUAAAAUGUUUCAUGUCGAGGCUGUGAUUGAACUGGAACGAUUUAGUUUAAAAAUAAGGAUUGCAAAGGGUAUUUCAUAAUUUAUCGGUGGCAAACAGCACUGCCGGUGACAAUAAAACAAAUACCUCAUCCUUGAUCAGCGUUAACAAACUCCUCUCAUUUCAUUUUAUUGCGACAGUUUAAUUUGUCAAACUCUCUGGCCACUCUUUCUCGAAACUAUUGCGUUAUUACGGUUUAAUGAAUGAACAUAGAUAUAAGAGCGGAGACGAAGCUGUUAUUGUUUAGUAUAUGAUAAGAAUCUGUGAUAAGACAUGUCUCGAUUUUGCAUUAUUCUUCUUGCUGUUGCGAGCGCCAGUGCGCGUCCGAUUAUUUAUUAUUUAGGGGGUGAUAAUUAUGGAGUUGAAUUGGCGGCGAUUAGGGAACCGGUGGCAGCUGCUAGUGUCCAAGUAGAUAUGGGAAAACUUCCGAAAAAUUCUGCUGGUAAAACUGAGGAGUCCGGGUACCACAAGGAAUUCGGUACUGAUGCAGACGGCGAAAAGGGCUUCGAGUCAGGAACUUACGCCCACGGCCAAAAUGGUUACAAGGAACUUGACACAUUUCACAAGCAAGUAGGUGACAAGUACGGGUUCGAAGAGCACUCGGAGUUCGGUUACGGUAAAGGAAAGCAAUCUGGUGGAGGUCAUGCCCAGGAGAAGAGCGACGACGCCGCGGAAGCAGGGACAAGCGCCGAGUCGUAUUACGUAGACGGAAGCUCUUCCGGAAGUGGCGAGUACUUGGGUGGUGGUGAAAUUUACGCUGCCGAUGGAGAUGGUGGUAAUUAUAACGAGUACUCCGGAGGCAGUGGUGAAGGAACAUAUUCCGAGUCCAGCUCGUACUCAACAGGGUCCCAGGAUGGCGAUAAGUCCGGCAGCGGGGAAUAUUCCUACUGAUCUAGACGCCGAUCACCCCACCAAUUACCUCUGUAACAUAAAUAAUAUUUUAAAUUUAAAGACAACAAUAUAAAAUAAAAAUUUAAUUAUUCAUCACGAGAAUCACACUCGCACCACAUUCGAGAUAUUCUACUGAUAUCCAUUGAUAUAUUAUAAUCAUAAGACAACUCAUGUACCCUUCAACUUUGUCUAAACAUUCAUAAAUAAAAUAUAAUUUAUUACCCCAGU